AAGGAAGAAGAAUUGAAGCAGAGCUCAACAAACAAUAACGACAAUAAGCUUCACUCAACUCUUCCAAAUUCAUUUCCCGAUUUCUCACCACUUAUCGUCCGAUAAUGGCGACGUUCGAGUUGUACCGUAGAUCAACGAUCGGAAUGUGCCUGACGGAGACUUUGGACGAGAUGGUUCAAAACGGAACCCUUAGCCCAGAGCUGGCUAUUCAGGUUCUUGUUCAGUUUGAUAAGUCCAUGGCUGAAGCAUUGGAAACGCAAGUUAAGAGCAAGGUCUCCAUUAAGGGACAUCUCCACACAUACAGAUUUUGUGACAACGUUUGGACCUUCAUGUUACAAGAUGCAGUGAUUAAGACUGAUGACUGUCAAGAGAAUGUUGGAAGAGUUAAAAUUGUGGCAUGUGAUUCAAAGUUACUCACACAAUAAACUUGCUGAAUUUCCAUGGACUGUGAUGAAGGAGUUGUUGUCAUUUGCUUGUAUCAUGGGAAUGAUGGCAAAGACAGUAGUCAGAUGAUCUUAAUUCUCGAAUGAACAGCAACCUCGUAACAAUAUGGAUUUUAAAGGCAUUAAUCUACACACUUUUGUUUUGUUAAUGUUACAUUCAGAAUGCUACAUGUUUUAAUUGGAUGAGAAUACUCUUCACUGUACUUUAUAAACGAAUUUAUCAUCUCCAAUGAUAUUAUAGUUUAUGGA